AUCUCGAGAGAGGGAGGGAGAGACAGAGACGUGGACGGAUCGAGCGCUUGACGCAUAACCCCGCCUCCUCCUCGGCUCAGAAGGUGGAAAUCCUGCGCCAGUUUACCAGGGUACUAGGGUUCCUUACACCUUUAUGCAUUCGUUCUCCAUUCAGCUCUUCAAGAUAUGAGAUCAUCUUAACGGAUUCGCCAGUACACCUGUUUAAGAAGUGCUUCUCAUGCGCUAAGUAUGAAUUGCUGAGGGAUUUUCUUGCCAGUCGAGCUCCAGCUGUAUCACCGCGGGCAUCAGAUCAUCCGUCACGUUCACGAGAGGGGCCACAGACACCGCGAUGGAUCCGCAAACCGCCUGCUGAUGUUCAGCGUCCACGAUGGAUUCCUGCGUGUCUACUUCAACAUUCCCAUAUAACGGAAUCAUAAAUGGAGGAGGAGAGUGAAAACCGAAAAAUUAACAACAGCUUCCUUCCGGACCAUAACUAUGCAACCGAAGCUGACAUCAUCUCUACUGUGGAGUUCAACUCUACUGGAGAGCUCUUGGCCACGGGAGACAAGGGUGGAAGAGUUGUGGUUUUCCAAAGGGAGCAAGAGAGCAAAAACCAGCCUCACAGACGUGGGGAGUAUAAUGUUUACAGCACGUUUCAGAGUCACGAGCCGGAGUUUGACUACCUGAAGAGUUUAGAGAUUGAGGAGAAGAUCAAUAAGAUACGCUGGCUGCCUCAGCAGAAUGCUGCCUACUUCCUACUCUCCACCAAUGAUAAAACUGUGAAACUGUGGAAGAUCAGUGAGAGGGAUAAGAGACCAGAGGGAUAUAACCUGAAGGAUGAAGAUGGAAGAAUCAGAGACCCGACCACCAUCACCGCGUUACGGGUGCCAGUACUCCGGCCCAUGGACCUCAUGGUUGAGGCCACUCCUCGGAGAGUGUUUUCCAAUGCGCACACAUACCACAUCAACUCCAUCUCUGUCAACAGCGACUAUGAAACCUUUAUGUCCACCGAUGACUUGAGGAUCAACCUCUGGAACCUGGAGAUCACAAACAGAAGUUUCAACAUUGUAGACAUUAAGCCAGUGAACAUGGAGGAGCUGACGGAGGUGAUAACGGCAGCAGAGUUUCACCCUCACCAGUGCAACACCUUCGUCUACAGUAGCAGUAAGGGCUCCAUACGGCUGUGUGACAUGAGGGCAUCAGCGCUUUGUGACAACCACUCAAAAUUUUUCGAGGAGCCGGAAGACCCAAGCAAUCGUUCCUUUUUCUCCGAAAUCAUCUCCUCCAUCUCUGAUGCAAAGUUCAGCCACAGUGGGCGGUACCUGAUGACACGGGACUACCUGACAGUGAAGGUCUGGGAUCUCAACAUGGAGAGCAAACCACUGGAAACCUAUCAGGUCCACGAUUACCUAAGAAGUAAACUAUGCUCGCUGUAUGAGAAUGAUUGCAUCUUCGACAAAUUUGAAUGUGUUUGGAAUGGAUCAGACAGUGUGAUUAUGACUGGUUCUUACAACAACUUCUUCCGAAUGUUCGACCGUAAUACAAAGCGUGACGUGACUCUGGAGGCAUCCCGGGAGAACAGCAAGCCUCGGGCGAUCCUGAAACCACGCAAGGUGUGUGUGGGCGGAAAGCGUCGCAAAGAUGAAAUCAGUGUGGACAGUCUGGACUUUAGCAAGAAAAUUCUCCACACUGCCUGGCAUCCUUAUGAGAACAUCAUCGCUGUGGCAGCCACCAAUAACCUUUACAUAUUCCAGGAUAAGGUCAACUAGCACAACUCUACCACCUCCCCACGUACCUGAAGAGAGAGAGAAAGAAGAACAAAAUGCUGCAGCUUAGCAGAAUAUUGCAAAGUGUAUUUUGUGAUGAGAAACUGAAAGUUACCCUUGAUGUAAGGAGAAGUAUGGACAGAUAUUGCUGGCCAUGUGCAAGGAUGCUCCCAGACUUUUGAAAACAAGAAGCAUCCUGCCUUGCACAAUCAUACUUCCUAUAUUAAGUACCUGCAUUUCCUCUUCCGUAAACUUGUAUAUUUAUCAUAUUUAUUCCUUUCUCGGCUAGAAGGAAAUGCCUGACUCUUUAAAUCUGGACAAAUGUGCAUUUUCAUUACAAAGAUAUGAAGAAUCUUUAAUAAGGGCGUAACGAACAGUGAAAAAAACAGGCUUUUUGCUCACAUCUCGGCAUCAGAAACAAAGGGGUGCCUUUACAAAAAAAAAAAAAAAAAAUAUUAGGCCGUCUGUGGAGUCCCUUGCAACCUGAUUAUUUCUCUUGAAAGGUGCUCUGAAGUAAAAGUCAAUCCCAUCGGUCA